CAAAAAGAAUAUUCUCCCCGUGAUUGAUCAAUUUACGAUACCUGAUAAAGUUUUAUCUAUGCGAAACCGAAACAAGAAGAUAUUUAGAACAAAUACCUGCAUGAGAUUGAUAUUGUGGCGUCCUCUGUCUUUGAGAGCAUAUUACCAGGAAGGAUGUUCCGUGUCCCUUCUUACUACCGCAAUAUAUCACUGCGGUUGUCUCAAACUCUUGAUGACAUCGGCGUUACCGAAAGAAUAGUGAAGAAAAGGCGGAGAGCAAAAUUAAUAGAAGAAAACAUUGCACUGAUCAUCAGUAGACUAACCGAUGACCAACAUUCCUAUUAUUAUUUGGGAAGUCAGUGUGAAGGCACGGCAACAACAGGGCUUAUGUCAGACAUGGAUACUCUUGUCUGUUUAGAGGAUCACAACGUGAUCCAGGACUGGAGCGAAUGGAUCCCAGGUUCACAUAAUCUAAUGAUGAUCCAAGAUGCAGCAUCCUCGCCUGGGUAUUGCUUUCUACAGUGUCUUAAACCUUGGGUACCACUCCCGGAUACUGCGGAACACGAGCAUAUCGCUGUAGCAGAUACACAUGGGAGGAUAUUAUACAAGAACACAUUCCUUGACACAGUUCUUCCCGAAGGCGAAUGUCGGCAAGGCCCAUCAAUACCAAGGCAAGGUGGAACUGAUUCACUCGAUACGGACACGGUUCUUGCUUUCCCCUGCCGAUCGUGCCCACAAGCGUUUAGAAAAUGGCUAGACCAUCAAGAAUUAGGAUGGCCGACAGUAGAAAUGAAAAAACAUGCAGAACACUGCAGAUGCUUUGUUGUAGCUGUAGGCAGUAAGGUCGGUGAAAAUGUAGAGUUUGAAUGGAGGAUCUCUGCGGGUAUUGCAGAAAGACAUUUGAUGCUAAACUUAAAUAUAACUCAAGUAAGAUGUUAUGUCUUAAUGAAAAUGAUUAUUAAAACUUACAUCAAUUCUCGCUACGAAGGUUCCAUUUCAAGUUACAUGUGCAAAACAGUUUUACUGCACUGUAUAAAGUGUAAGUACUCAAAUAUAUGGCGGGAGAGUAACAUUUUAAACUGUUUAUCGUACUGUUUACGUACAUUGUUUGAAUGCUUAUCGUCUGAAAACUGUCCGCAAUUCAUUGUAAAUGAAAACAACCUGAUGGCUGGAAGAUAUUCGGUUGAAACUAAAGGUAAUUUGCUUCGACUGAUGUCAAACGUGAUACAAGACUGCGGGAGAAUACUUCUUGGGAUUCAGAUAGAUGGAACUGGCCAACGCAUGCAGAAUAAACUGAACAUUAUACAUCAAGUUCAAAACGAUUUGGACGAUUCAGUUAAAACCAAAAGGCUUAUUGCAGGCGCUUUGAUAAGAGAUACUGCUCUCUCUAUCUUCAACUGGCAUACUUCUGCCUUAGAUAUCGUAGCGCAGGUAGGUUUUGAAGGAGGACUGCAAUUUUUACUCGAGAACGUAUGUAAGGCAGCAAGUUACACUAAAGAAGAUAUGGAAAAAGCAGCAUGCAGAUUACUAGUGCCUCUGCACUGUGCAUUAUUGGGGUCAUUGUUGGCAUCAUACAAUAUUCAACACUUCAAAACUGUAUCUCCCCAAGCACUUGCUUGUAUUUUGGCAGGAUUCAAUUCUGAUGUCGCAUCCAGCAAACUCAAAUACGCCUCUGUGUUCUACUGCACUGGGGAUAUGGAAAGAGCAGCAUUAGUGCUUAGGGACAUUGAAAAUCAGUACAACACAGCAGUUGUUGAACCUAUGUGUGGAUGCUACAAACAUUUCAUACCUGCGUUCAGUGAAAGCUUCUGUACAGCCUGCUAUGACGGAGAUGAAGAAUCAAUCAGGGAAAUAGUAGCUUUCUGCGUGAGAUAUUUGCCAUAUGAAAUACAAUGCGUUCCACUAGAACUUCAGUAUGAAAUGUUCCGCUCUACUCAAGAGGAACUACUUGAAAGAGAGGAAAGUGAGAACUGGAUGGACUGGGCUGUCGUAGAUGCCCUGCCUUUCAUGUAUUUUUUACAAUACAAAACCUAUGGGUCUCUGCAGAGAACAUAGGAUCAACAGCGCGCACUCGACAACCUAAGGAUGGCUAUUGAAAAGGAAGCAAAUCUUGGCCAUAGGGAAGCAGCUUUAAAUCUUCUAGGACAAUGUUUGGAACAACAGAACAAACCUGAUGAUGCUUUAAACUGUUAUAUGUCGUCCUUGAAAAUAAGGGGAAGGAAUAAUGCAGCAGGACUUCACAUCUGUAAACUUUUGGCAAACACAGUCAGAGUGUUGUAUCUCAUUAAAUAAAGUACAAGUUAAGUUGAAGCUGUACAGAUCAAUUCAUCUAAACGUGUGACAAGGACUUUUCUCCAGUACGUUAGCAAUACACCGGGUACGUUAAGAACUGUAUAUUCGCAAAGAGCUAGGCUAAAUUAGCUGGACAGGCCUUAUCUAAUAGGACAUCUCUCUCUCUCUCUCUCUCUCUCUCUCUCUCUCUCUCUCUCUCUCUCUCUCUGUAAAGCACCUUUGAAAUUGGUAAUCGUGAAAAAGGGCGCUAAAUAAAUAUGGGUAUAAUAAUAAAUAAUUUUUAAAACGUUUACAUUAAAGAAAUUUCAUAAUAAAUAAUAAAAUAUACAUUUUCAAUAGGGAUCUAACUCUUUGUAAUGGGUCUUUCUACUCCUUAAAUAUUUCAGAAUAUAUGAAAACUAAAAAAUGUCAUAAAAGUUGCUCAAAUGUGAUUAACCACUAAGUAUAUUUGUAGAAAUAUACUGAUAACCUGUAAGCUUUUCUUCUAAUUUAUGUUUAUGCAUUUGGUUGCAAAGGACAUUAAUUUCCUGCAAAUAACCAGAAAAGUUCUGCAUAUCAGCAAUCUGUGAAAAUGUUCUUUGACCAGUCAAAUUGCAGCAUUUCUGGUGUUUGUUUGUACAGAUGGGCUUAUAAGUUAUUUAGUUUUUUUGAAUGUACCAGAUCUUUUUGGAAAGGCAAUUAUCUGGACAUUUAGAGCUCAUUUUAGGAAUAGAUAUUGUAUAAUAAAUUAGAACUGGAGUCCUGUGAGAAUUGUACUUGCCUAUGAAUAUACUGGAAUUUAUUGAAUUAUUUGGGAUAGAGUCUUAUGCAAAGUGUGAUUUCCUUACAAUAUUACGAAACUGCAGAAUGUGUAUGAAAUAAUAUUUUGUGAGUGUUUUAGUAUCAAAACAGUCGUUAUGAAUGUUUGUUUAUA